AUGCCCUCCAAAAGUUACCCUAGGAACAUCACAAGCCGGGGGCUGGCAGUGCCGCUGGGGCAGCGGGAGCACGCCUGGCUAGUGGCAGUGUCAGCAGGGCGCUGGGCUCAAGUGCGGGGGCUGUUCCUGGAGGAGCAGGAGCUGGCCCUGCAGCGGGCAUUCAUGUCAGGCUUCACAGUCCAUCCUUUAUGA